CAACCUUUGUGCAAUUGAUCCUUACAACCAUUUCGCGUUGCUCAAUACGUGUUACUAGACCGAUAGACCAAUUAGACUUCAACUUCUCCUUGUUAAUUGCCAUGGCACCCGGCCUUCUAUACCAUCAUGUCGACCGGAGCCGUUCGAGGUCGCCCCCCGAAUACUUUGCAGCCAAGUCGCCGAAUGCCAUCGCCCGAAGCACUUACUCCUCGGCCGAGGAUGAUUUGCUAGAACCCCUUGCUGUUAUUGGCUUCUCUCUAAAAUUUCCCGAGGAGGCAACCUCCCCAGAAGCAUUCUGGCAAAUGCUUGUGGAGAAAAGAUGUGCUAUGACUGAGAUCCCCAAAGACAGAAUCAACAUCGAUGCAUUCUAUAGCCCAGACAAGACACGAGAUGAUACUAUAUACCCUCGAGGAGGGCAUUUCCUCAAAGAGAGCCUGGGGCUCUUCGAUGCCCCAUUCUUCUCCAUUACUUCGGCUGAGGCCGCCGCCAUGGAUGUCCAGCAGCGGACACUGCUUGAGACUGCGUAUCGUGCUCUCGAAAAUGCUGGUAUUCCACUAGAGAAGGCCAAUGGCUCAAAGACAUCGGUCCAUACUGGCAGUUUUACAGACGACUAUCGCCAGAUGGUCUUUAAGGACAAUGAUACCCUUCCUAAAUAUGCCGCCACGGGUGUAGCCAUAAGCAUCCUUGCGAAUAGGUUAUCAUGGUUCUUCAACCUUACUGGGCCAAGCAUUCACCUCGACUCUGCCUGCUCUAGUAGUAUGAUGGCGCUUGAUAUGGCAUGCCAGGGUCUGCGGAAUGGCGAUGCAGAUAUGGCGCUCGUUGCUGGAGCAAGUAACAUCUUAGGCCUCGAGCCGUACCUUUUCCUUGGCAAUAUGGGUUUCCUUUCUCCAGACAGCCGAUGUUGGAGUUUCGACUCUCGCGCUAACGGGUACGCUCGAGGAGAAGGGUGUGGUGUGGUCGUCAUCAAGCGUCUAUCUGAUGCACUCCGGGACGGUGAUACAAUCAGAGGAGUCAUUCGAUCAACAGGUUCGAAUUCGGAUGGCAGAACCCCUGGGAUUACUCAACCAAGUGCACAAGCACAGGAAAUUUUGAUUCGCGAAUGUUAUGAAAAGGCUGGCCUGGACCUGGGUGUCACUCGUUUCUUCGAGGCACACGGGACAGGGACGGCCAUCGGAGAUCCUAUUGAAGUUGGUGCUAUCGGAGCUGCAUUUUCCAAGUACCGCAGUCCGGAAGAUCCUUUGUACAUCGGUGCAGUAAAAUCAAACAUAGGCCAUCUCGAAGGAGCUAGUGGAAUUGCAGGACUGAUCAAGACGAUCAUCUGCCUCGAGAAGGGAGUAAUUCCCCCAAACACAAACUUUGAAAAGCCAAACCCAAAGAUCGAUGCUCCCGCGCUUAAUAUUCGCUUCCCUCUGAAAUGUGUUCCGUGGCCUGAAAAUGGCUUACGUCGAGCGUCCGUUAACUCGUUCGGCUUUGGUGGUUCGAACUCACAUGCAGUCAUCGACGACGCAUAUAACUUCCUUAGGCUCCGAGGACUUCGGGGCUUCCACCACACACGGGAAUUGCCUCCUUCAAUAGAAGAGCUAAGCAAUGCUGUCAUACCCCCUGUUUCUCUCAGUGGGACCAACGGAAUCCCUAUAGAGGAUGCAAGACCAAGGCUUCUUGUCUGGUCAGCAGCCGACGAGGGCGGCCUAAGUCGACUAGAGAAAACUUACAGCGAGUACUUCAAGAGCUUAUCGAUCAAAGCGGGCGAGGAGCAAGAGUACUUCAGUAGUCUUGCUUACACUUUAGCUGUCCGGCGGAGUGCCUUCCCUUGGAAAUCUUUCGCAAUCUCUACUAGUAUUGGCCAACUGCAAGGUGGACUCCGAUUGUCGAAAGCCGUUCGCUCCAAGCAAAACCUAGGUCUCGCAUAUAUAUUCACUGGACAAGGGGCACAAUACGCUGGAAUGGGCCGAGAUCUGAUGGCGUAUCCAGUCUAUAAGACGACUCUUCAAAUGGCAGAGAUGUAUCUUGAGGAUAUGGGCUGUCCAUGGUCUCUCAUAGAGGAAAUGCACAAGGACAAAUCGAUAUCCAACGUGAAUCGACCCGAGUUCAGCCAGCCGCUUUGCACAGCUUUGCAAAUUGCGCUUAUUGAACUCCUCCGAAGUUUCAAUAUCACUCCUGCGGCAGUGGUCGGCCAUUCGUCAGGUGAAAUUGCCGCCGCAUACUGUAUGGGGGCUCUUUCACUUCGUUCCGCCUGCAAAGUAGCAUACUUUAGGGGUAAACUCUCCGCGACCAUGGCCAAAUCUGGAGUUGUAUCUGGAGCGAUGAUCGCGGUCGGGCUCUCAGAGCUUGAUGUCCGACCCUAUAUCCAGAAAGUUGCGCUCGAGUUCCGACACACUGGGAUUGUAGUUGCAUGUGUCAACAGUCCAAAGAGUGUAACCGUAUCUGGAGAUCAGGAUCAAGUCGAUGCCCUCAAGCUACUCCUCGAUGCCGACUCAGUGUUUGCCCGCAAAUUGCUAGUCGACGUUGCAUAUCACUCACAGCAUAUGGAACGGAUCGCUGGUGAGUAUCUCGAAGCAAUAGAGCAUUUGGAGCCUGGCACACCUCUCAAAGGAACCCAAACCAUGGUAUCAUCCGUGACUGGGAGGUUGACCUCCGCCAGUGAACUCAGUCGAGGAGAAUACUGGGUCAGAAAUCUUACCUCCCCAGUUCGAUUUUCUGAGGCACUCGGGCAAUUGGCAUCGAGUUCCGACAAAUCAGGGAAGAAAAAAUUGGGCGCGGCAUCUAGAAGCACAGUCGUGGUCUCCGACCUCCUUGAGCUUGGCCCUCAUUCCGCUCUCCAAGGACCCGCCAAAGACAUUCUGAAGAUCACCUCGAGGGCCAAUGAGGUUAGCUACUGUUCGGCCCUAACGCGAAAUGUGCCUGCUUUAGAGACCACGCUAACCGCUAUCGGAAAACUUUACUGCCUUGGAUACCCCGUCGAAGUUGCCAAUGUCAACGAGGCCAGAAUGAAGAUCACCAACCGGUUCAUGGCUCUGCCAGAUCUUCCAGAGUAUCCCUUCGACCACUCUCAGAAUUACUGGCAUGAGAGUCGGCUGAGCAAGGAGUUCAGGCUACGAACGCAUCCUCGUCAUGACCUUAUCGGAACUCGGGUUUCUGAUUGGAAUCCAUUAGAAGCCAGAUGGCGUAACGUCAUUAAAAUCUCCCAAGUUCCUUGGGUCGAGGACCAUCAGGUCAAUGGCAACGUGAUAUAUCCAGCGGCGGGUAUGCUUGUCAUGGCUAUAGAAGGUGCUCGUCAGUUAGCCGAUCCCUCCAAGAAAAUUGUCGGCUACCGGAUUAAGAACGCAACAUUCCAGAAGACCUUGAAUAUUCCUUCCAACCAAGAAGGAGCCGACGUUCAGAUUUACAUUCGGCCAGUCCAAGACGCCUAUGAUAAAGAUGCAGCACUGUCUGAGUUUCGAAUCUGCACCUUCGAGGAUGACACCUGGUCUGAGAACUGCCGAGGAACAGUCCAGCUCGAGCUUGAGGAUACCAUUACCGAGGUAGAUGUUGGAAAGGAAGCGCAAGAGAACUUACAUCGCUUCGAGAAACUGUACGAAACUCGGCAGGAGCGUUGCGCCGACACUGUUGAUUCGGAAACUCUCUACGAGCAUCUCAAGGCGAUGGGCCUCAGUUUUGGCCCUUCUUUCAGAACGCUCAGCAAUGUCUCUUGUAAUGCCCAGAGCGAAACUAUAGCUGAUAUUGCUGUCUUUCAGUGGAAAGAGCAAGAUCAUGCCAACUACCCUCAGCCCCACGUCGUCCACCCGACCACUCUCGAUGCCUUAAUUCAGCUUUGCUUGGUAGGGUUGACUCAAGGAGGCAAAGAGGCUAUUCCGACAACGGUGCCAACCCGCAUCACCAACCUUUGGUUGUCGGCGUCGGGGCUCUCUUGCGCCGACUCAACUUCAAUUUGUGCUUCAUCCCAUCCCGUUUCAAAGGGCUAUCGUCAGACUGAGUCUGCGAUGUUUGCAGUAGACAAAACAACACGUAAGGUCCUAGCUUCAGUGGACGUCCUCGAAACCACCAACAUCUCCCAGGGCGAGACUGAUACGGAGGGGCAGUCCUCGAUGAGGCAGUUAUGCUACAACAUGGAUUGGAAACCAGAUGUUGACUUCCUGGAACAAAAGCAGGCAGAUCUCUACUUCGAGGACUGUUGGCCUGCAGAAGAGCCCCGAGACUACUACCAAGACUUGGCCUUCUUCUUGUUUGCCUCCAUCAAGAAGACUCUUCAAGUCCUUGGAAACGCCGAGAUCGAUGGAUCAAGACAGCAGUAUGUCCGCUGGAUGGAACGUCAAGUGGAGAAGUACGAAGCUGGCACACUGCUUCAUGCACGGCCGGAGUGGUCGUCCCGCUUGGACGACCCUAUGCAUCUUGAGAGACUCCACAAAUUUCUAGAAACUUCGAGCAGCGAAGGAAAGUUCUACACCGAAGUGGCUCGACACUUGGUCCAGAUUCUCAAGGGCGAGGUCGAUCCCCUGAACCUUCUUUUCCAAGGUGAUCUAGCCAAGAACUACUAUCUUGAGAUCAAUGCUCGGCUCUCGGGACAAUUUAUCAAGCUCAUGGAUCUUUUAGCGCACAAAACCCCGGGUCUGAAAGCGUUGGAGAUUGGAGCAGGAACGGGCGGCACAACCGCAUACAUCAUCAAGCCCCUCAUGAUGUAUGGAGACGAUAAAUCGUCUACACCCCGGUGUUCCCAAUUUGACUUUACCGAUAUCUCCCCUGCCUUCUUCGAGGGUGCAAAGGAAGACUUCAAAGAGUACAGUUCGAAAAUGCAGUACAAGGUCCUCGACAUCGAAUGCGACGUCUCGAAGCAGGGCUAUGAGAAGGGAACGUAUGACUUGAUCGUUGCCGCCAAUGUUCUCCAUGCCACGAAGCAUAUGGACGUGACGUUAAAGAACGUCCAUGCGCUUCUCAAGCCUGGCGGCAAGCUAGUCCUCCUGGAAGGAACCGGGGAUUUUGGACGAUCCGGAUUCUCUUUCGGCCUCCUUCCCGGAUGGUGGCUAAGUACCGACGAUUACCGGGAGUGGGGUCCGACCAUGACGCCACAGAAAUGGGAUCGCGUCCUUGGCCGAAACGGUUUCUCUGGCGUUGAUCUCGUGCUUUCCGAUUACCGCGACCCGACAUGCCAGGAGCUGAGUAUCAUGGUCUCGACAUCGUUAGAGCAGCAGCCAGAGUCAGUGGCGAUACCAAAGACACUGAUCGUUGUCAAGGAUGGUCCCCUGAUGGAGCAGAGUCUUGCGCUACAGCUCCAAGACUCAUUGAAAUCUCUGGGUAGUCCAAAGUGUGAAGUUGUCAUGCUUGCGCGAGCGGCCCAAAUGGAUGAUCUUGCCGAAAGAUUCUGUAUCUUCCUGACGGAGCUGCACGUCCCCCUUCUUCACAACCUAGACGAAGACACCUUCAAUGCAUACCGAUCGGUGCUGUCCAGGGCCAAGGGCAUCGUUUGGGCCAAUAACGGUGGUGGUGCCUCUAUGGAGCAACCUGACUUCCACAUCGCGCAAGGCUUGCUAAGGACCCUUCGAACAGAAAACGGCCUGUUAAAGGCGGUGACAUUGAGCCUGGAAUCAACACGACCAGAAGAAUCCCAUCUCAAGCACAUUAUGAAAGUAGUCAAGAAAACACUCUUUACAUCCAUUAACGACUUCGAGACUGAGUAUAUUGAAGAGAACGGCAUGCUUUGUGCGAACAGAAUCGUAGAAGCGAACCACAUGAACCUUGAGAUCCAGAACACAACUGCCACACAGAAGACUGAAAUGCUGCCCUUCGGUGCUGGACCCGCUUUGGCCUUGAAUUUCGAAACGCCUGGUCUCUUGGAUUCCCUCCGCUUCCUCGAAGAUAAGGCAGUGAAAAUUCCAUUGGCAAGCGAUGAGGUUGAAAUCGAGGUCACGGCGACUGGUGUCAAUUUCAUGGAUUGCCUUACGGCCUUAGGACGAAUCAAUCAGACCAUCAUCGGCGCCGAAUGCGCCGGAAUCGUCACCCGGGUCGGUAGCGAGACCGCAGAUCUAAAGCCCGGUGAUCGUGUCUGUGGAGUGGUCUUCGACUGUUUCAAGUCGUACGCACGCACAAAUGUCCAGCUAGUUAUGAAGAUUCCAGACGGUCUCUCCUUUGCAGCAGCAGCUGGUUUACCCUGCUGUGCCAUCACCGCCUAUCAUUCCUUAGUGGAGGUAGCUCGUCUGCAAAAAGGGGAGUCUGUGUUGAUCCACGCAGCUGCCGGUGGAACUGGCCAGGCGGCCGUUCAGAUCGCGCAACAUAUCGGCGCUGAAGUGUUCGUAACAGUCAGUUCCGAAAGGAAGAAAAAGCUGCUCAUCGACCACUAUGGGAUCCAGGAAGACCACAUCUUCUACAGCAGAAACACGACGUUUGCGCAAGGAAUCAUGCGUGUGACAAACGGCCAUGGGGUCGACGUCGUGCUGAACUCUUUAGCUGGGAAGUCACUCGUUGCGACCUGGGAAUGCAUGGCAAGCUUUGGUCGUUUUGUUGAAAUUGGAAAACGAGAUAUUCACGGUCACUCGAGUCUGCCCAUGAAGCAGUUCGCUCGGAAUGUCUCUUUCAGCGCGGUCGACCUCGUCAGCAUCUCCAAGGAGCGCCCAGCAUUCGUGCGAAAGUCGUUGGAAGCAGUAUUGAAAUUAACAGAACAAAAGAAAGUGCAAGUCUCGCAGCCGCUCCAUACCUAUUCUGUCUCUGAUAUUGAGGAUGCUUUCCGCUACAUGCAGAGCGGAAAGAAUAUCGGCAAGAUCGUCAUUGAGAUGAGGAAGGAGGAUAAAGUAUUAACUGUCCUUGACACAAAACCGAGCUAUUACUUCGAGAAAGAUGCGACUUAUCUCAUUGCUGGUGGCUUCGGGGGAGUUGCCCGUGCUAGUGCUCGAUGGAUGGCGCGCCGCGGAGCAAAGAAUCUGCUACUAUUGUCUCGUUCCGGAGCUCGUUCCGAGCAAGCAGCUGCUCUAGUAGAAGAGCUUCAAUCUCAAGGCGUUCGUGUUGAAGCUCCCGCGUGCGACGUUACAAACUUCGGUCGACUGGAGGCCGUACUAAACGAGUGCAAGAAGACUAUGCCUCCAGUCAAGGGUUGUAUUCAGGGCGCAAUGGUUCUCAAGGAUAUCAUUUUCGAAAAAAUGACAUUCCCAGACUGGGACCUCGCUAUCAAGCCCAAGGUCCAGGGAUCCUGGAACCUUCAUCGCCUCCUGCCCAACCUCGACUUCUUCAUCAUGCUCUCUUCUCUCGUUGGGAUCCACGGCUCAGGGGCGCAAGCCAAUUACGCCGCCGGAAGCACCUAUCUCGAUGCGUUGGCAAGGCAUCGUGUUAGUCGCGGCCAAAAAGCCGUCUCCAUCGAUUUAGGCUGGAUGCAAGACGAGGGAAUUAUCGCCGAAAGCGAGUUUCUCACCAAAGCCUUUGCGGCGUCCGGAAUCAUGAUGCCCAUCGCAACACCGGAGUUCGUGGCUGUGCUAGAUCAUUACUGCAAUCCAAGCUUGCCUAUUGCAAUGCCACUCGCCUGCCAGACCAUGGUCGGCCUCGCGACUCCAGCCAGCUUACGGGCCAAAGGAACGGACGUACCUGCCCUACUGUACCGUCCCAUGUUCCGGUACAUGCAUCACAUGGGCCUUGAUGAUACGCACACAGCCUCUAGCACCAACGCUCAGAAUUCGAUCGAUUAUGCCGCUGCUUUUGCCAUUGCCACGUCCCUAGCUGAGGCGGGUGAGCUGGUAGUCGAUGGCCUGAGCCGCAAGCUGUCUAAGGCGCUGUCAAUUGGAGUAGAGGACAUCGAGACGAGUAAACCAUUGCAUGCAUAUGGAGUAGAUUCGCUGCUUUCCGUAGAGCUGCGAAGCUGGUUCGCCAAAGAGGUCAAGGCAGAUGUGGCCGUGUUUGAGAUCAUGGGGGGGGCGAGCAUGGAGGCCGUGGGACGGGUGGUGGCGGCGAAGAGUGCAUACAGACAACCUGGAUGGACAGACUGAAUACACGGAGGGUAAUUUGGCCAACUUACCGCCAGCUCUCUGGCUUUUAUUCGAAGGUUAGUGCAACAUAUUAGAAUCAUUUCAGGUCGAUUUUAUGGCUCCACAUUGAGUCGAGUUUUCGGACAUGUCCAGAUGCUAGGACCAGUCUUUAGGGGAUGUAUUGUAUUUCUUCGCAAACUUAAGAUAGAACAGAGUCAAAAUUCAGCAUAGUAGUGCAAGGAGCUGAAUGUAAGGCCUGGGUUCGCGAAGUGAAUAGAGAUGUUGG